AUGGAUGACCACGAUAAAUCGCUAAAGCGCAAACGAUUACUGUCCGAUCCAGGUGAUGAGCAUGACCUCGAUACUGCGGAAGUGUGCCCGCCGAGCAAACUGGCCGAAGAAGCGUCCCCCUUGUGUUACGGCACCAUACUUGACGCGACAAUACGAGUACGCCAAUGGCCUGAUGCUGGAAACGAUAGCGGUGAGCCCUUGUCAUUCGAUCGCCACCCUGUUGUUGCCCAAGGCCUGGCUUACGGACUCACUUCCCACGAUACCGUGUUUGCCGUCUUCAACAAAACAUCCUCUCAAUAUAUGCACCAUCUUUCUGAAAUAGAAGGGGUUCACCUCGAAGGGCUGAUCAAUCACGGGCGGUUUCUUGAAUCCCGGGCGAAAGGCGAGACUACUGUAAAGGUGGGCGUUAACGUCUACGGUAACAGAGCAGGUGCCACCAAGGCCGGAGAGGUGCUCUCCUCGUUCGGGGUAUAUCUACAACAGCCAACAAGCGAGAUGGAACACGUCACGUACUAUAAUCCCCACUUCCUGCAUGUGGAGGGAUUGUUGGGCUUGGGUCCGGUCCAGGAGACGCCGAGGUUUGAGAUGGAUACUCAGGUUAACGCAGCGGACCGAGGAUUGGGAUCCCAAAGCCCUGCGACGCCGGUACCUGAGCAGGGUGACAAUGCUACGGAGAUCAGUAAUGUUCUCAGCUCGCUUUCUCACCAUGCAAUCUUGAGCAAAAAAGCUGGCGCAAUGGCGUUGAAGUCACAACUCAAAGACUACCAGAUGGAAGCACUAGACUUUAUCUCCAGGCGCGAGUCUGGAAAGCUGCCGCCUGAACUCACAUUGUGGGCAGAAGCCGAGGAUGAGCACGGAGAACAAAUUUAUGAGCACACCAUCAUCGGUGCUAGAAGACCACAUCGGUCAGAUACCAAGGGGGGAAUUCUCGCCGACGAGAUGGGGGUGGGAAAAACUAUUGUUGCGUUGGCAACUAUAGCGGCAUCACUUGAUCGCGCCUCGGACUUUGCAACGAGAGGCCCCGAAGACGGCACAUUCGACAGUGAACGGCGGCGAUCAAAAGCUACCUUGGUCAUUGCACCAUCAUCUCUUCUCAUAGAUAGUUGGGUUGAUGAGAUACGAAAACAUAUCUACCCCGGACACAUGACAUUCUACAAGUAUCACGGCCGACAGAGACAGCAAGACGCAAACCUGCUCUUUGAGCGAGACGUGGUCUUCUCGACCUACGCAACACUGGCUAGCGAGCCGGACCGAGGUCUGGGUAUUCUCAACAGUGUGGAAUGGUUUAGAAUAGUGUUGGAUGAAGCCCACGAGAUCCGCAACACCACAACCAAGCAGUUCCAUGUAGUCUUCAACCUUGCCGCACAGCAUCGUUGGUGUCUGACCGGCACGCCUAUCCAGAACUCUGUGGAGGAUCUUGGCGCACUCAUUUCUUUCUUGCGUGUCCCUAUGCUGGAAAAGCCCUCGACAUUCCGCAGGUACCUGCUCAGCCAGGCCCGCCAGGGCACUCGAAAUUCGUUCAAGAACCUAAGACUCCUCUUGAACUCGAUUUGUCUCCGGCGGACCAAGGAUGUAGCUGGAUUGUCCGACCCCAUCCUCCAGACGAGGGUCUUGUCGCUCACAUCGACCGAGAGGCGAGACUAUGUGGAGCUGCUGGACCAGCUCCGAAGACACGUCGACAUGGACGUCAGCGGGCACACGACAAGAGGCAGCAGCACACGUAUGCUGCAGGGGAUACUGAAGCUGCGGCUCUUCUGCAACAACGGUUUUAUGGGCCGGGGCGCAUCAAGAAUGCCGUUCGACGCGGACGAGGUGCUGAGCUGUCUCCAGCAGACAGGCCAGGCGUCGUGUGUUCUGUGCUCGCGCACAAUAUACUCCAUCAGCCGCGUCCCCGAUACAGACGGUGGCUGCCCGCUGGAGCCAUGUUCUCACCUCGCCUGCAGAGACUGCGCCGUGGGGCUCAGCAGUAAGAAGCAGUGCCCUCGCUGCGCCGAGGGGGAUAGUGGCUCCAGCAUCCAGGGCAUACUCCACAGUAUGAAGGAGUUCGAGGAACAGGACACGUCUGCCCCUGGCCUCGCCGGCCCAUCCCAAGGGCCAGUGUACCCGUCCAAGCUGCGUGCCUUUGUGGAAGAUAUCCAGGCCCAGGUGGCCGUGAAAAGUAUCGUAUUUUCCUUUUGGAAGACGACACUCGAUCUCGUCAGCCAGCUCCUGGAGGCCCAGGGAUUGGGCUGUUUUAUGAUCCACGGCUCACUCCCACUAAGCCAACGACGACAGAUUCUGGAUAGAUUCCGGUCUACUGAUGAUGCCCAUAUACUCCUGAUGACGCUGGGGACAGGAGCAGUUGGACUCAACCUCGCGGUCGCGUCAAGGAUCUAUCUCCUGGAGCCGCAGUGGAACCCGCAGCUUGAGCAGCAGGCGUUCGGGCGAGCUCAGAGGCUGGGACAGACGGAACAGGUCACCAUUGUUCGCUACAUCAUGAGAGACACGGUUGAGGAUAGCAAUGUCUGGCCGAGGCAGGCCAAGAAACUGCGAGACGCGACAAGAGGCUUUGAGAAGUCGGGAGGAAAGACCGGAAAAGGUCACGAACAGGAUCUCCGUGAUGUCUUUAUCCACGCAACCCCGGCCGCGGUGCGCAAGGAGGGGAUGCCAUCUAUCUCAGAAUUGUGCAGCCAGGAGUGA